GUGGACUGAACAUCGCGGACUUGUCCAAAAGAGGGAGUCAAGUUUCUUGCAUGUGAAGUCUUCGCCCACUUCUACUGCAGAAGCGCGGAGACGCGGGGAAUAUUUACUUGACAGCGAGCGUUCCUUCUCUCAGAGUGGCUACAUCCGUGGGCUGCGAGUCCACCGCUCAGUCCUUUCUGCAGCUUGACUCAUGAGCCACAGGAAGCGUUUCACUUUUCCACACCAGCUGGAUUAAAUCAAACUCGCUUUUUUUUUUCCAAACUCUCCUUUAUUUUUCCUGAUUAUUUUUGAACGGACUUUCUUGUUUCUGCUGUCAAUAUGUUGUGGAAACUAGCCGACAACGUGAAGUAUGAGGAUGACUGCGAGGAGAGGCACGACGGCAGCAGCAAUGGGAACCCGCGGCUGCCUCACCUGCCGGCGGUCAGUCAGCACCUGUACAGCCCCACUCCCUCCCUGUCGCACUCGGCCAACUCCGACUUCCAGCCGCCCUACUUCCCGCCUCCCUACCAGCCCAUUUCCUACCCGCAGUCCAGCGACCCUUACUCCCACCUGGGCGACCCGUUCAACAUCAACUCGCUGCACCAGAGCCAAGCGUCGAGCCAGCAGCAGCCGUGGCCCGUGCGCCAAGGGCAGGACGGGCUGGGCGGCCACGGCAGGAGCGGCCUGGCGAGUCAGAUCCUCGGUCUGGAGGGAGGCUCGUCCGGGGUGCGGAGGGAAGGCUUCCGGCGGCCGGAGCUGCUGCCGCCACAUGGACACGGCCUGGACUCGGCUGUUAUUGGGGAAAAUAUGGGAAUGCACGACAUGGGACACGGACUGGACGAUGUGCAGCAUGUAGAUGACCACGGUAUCAUUAUGGCCGAUCAGACAGUCAUCAAAAAAGUAUUAGGACUUCGUGGUGGCAGGAACCUUGAGCGCUUACAGAGGACUUAUUAUCAGGGGGGCAUUCUCGCCGGACCAGUGACGCUCCCCAAAGGCAACACGCUGGGGCUCCCCUUCCAGAAAGAGUCAUUGCUGGGCAUGGUGUCGAACCCCACAGAGGUCUUCUGCUCAGUACCAGGCCGUCUUUCUUUGCUCAGCUCCACUUCAAAGUACAAAGUCACUGUGGCUGAGGUCCAGAGACGUCUAUCGCCCCCCGAGUGCCUGAAUGCAUCGCUUCUGGGUGGCGUUUUACGCAGAGCCAAGUCGAAAAAUGGUGGUCGCUCACUGCGAGAGAAGCUGGACAAAAUCGGGCUGAACCUGCCGGCAGGAAGGAGGAAGGCGGCUAACGUCACUUUACUUACUUCACUAGUAGAAGGCGAAGCGGUUCAUUUAGCCAGAGACUUUGGUUACGUGUGUGAGACGGAGUUCCCCGCAAAGGCCAUCGCAGAGUACCUGGGCCGGCCGCACGUGGAACGCAACGAGGUGAACUCCCGCAAGAACAUGCUCCUCGCUGCCAAGCAAAUCUGCAAAGAAUUCACAGACCUGCUCACUCAGGACCGCUCACCUCUAGGAAACUCCCGCCCUGCACCGAUCCUGGAGCCGGCGAUCCAAGGCUGCCUGACCCACUUUAGCCUCAUCACCCACGGGUUCGGCUCCCCGGCCAUUUGCGCUGCCAUGACCUCACUUCAGAACUACCUGAACGAGGCGCUCAAGCAAGUGGACAAGAUGUACCUGAGCUCUGGCAGCGACACGCAGGGAUCCUCAGACAGUGGGAGCAAAUCUGUCGACAAAAUGGACAAACACAGGAAAUGAGAGCUCCGUGAAAGAAUCCCUGUGAACUUGAAAAACCCAAAGUCCCUUAAUCCCAUCACCCAGUCUGCCCCCUGUUUGGACUUUUGUAAAUUCAAUAUUUAGUAUUGUUGUUUUUGAGAGAUGAAUUUGUAUGUGGGCGUGCAUGUGUGCAUAUAUGUGCGUGUGAGUGUGUGUGUGUGCAUUUGCACUGUUAAAUUUAUAUCAACUUUCUAACAGGACUCAUCAUUAAUCUGUUUGCUUGAUGGCAGUCAUAGAACAACCGAGGCUACAUGUACACAGGAACUCUUCAUUUCUAAACCAAAACGCACAUCUAAUGUUGAGGGGCUCAGUGGAACAAACUUGCUACUGGAUGGUUCUCUGGUGUGCGUUGCUCUUGUUAAGCCACAAAUAAGAACGCAUUUUUUUCAUCCUUGAAUUCUGGCUCAGCACCGUUACAAGCAGCUUUUUUUUUUCUGGGGGAAAAUGGAGAAGUGGCCCUUUCUCUCUUUUGGUCUAUUAAGGUGCGUCAUAAAUAAAUCCCAACUUAUCUUCACUCUGACCAGGGAACUUCUCUGAACCCUCUGCCAAAGCUAGAACAUUUUGCUGUACUUUGAAACUGCUUUAUUGAGCUUAUCUAAAUAGAUGGUGCUAAGAUGCGUUCAGGUGCUGUCGGACUUUCAUGUUACAGCUCGUAACUUCAGCUACAUGGAGUUCAUCUGAAGCUUCAGUUCCACCCAACUACUGCCGAAAGUCGACAAAGUGAUCCAAUGUUCCUUUUAAAAUGUGCUUCGCAGCACUUGAACGCACCACGUUGCUGUCGUUGACGCUAUGUCUUUUUCAGUCUGAUGUUGAAUGAUCAGGAAAUUGAAGUGGACAGAGCUUCUUUUAUAUCUGUUCGGAAAAGGGUUUUUUUUCUGUCUUUUUUAUGAGGCCACGUGUACAUGUGGUCUUCGAGGUACUGAAACCACCAAAGAGUCACCAAUUUUAAAAUGCCACAACCAUGAGACCUGCGCUCUGCAGACAAGACAAGCAAAAAGAACAAAGUGCACACUGUUUCUCCUCCUCCCUGGAGGACAUCAUUUCAAGAUGAGUCGCUGUGGCUGUGAAUUCCUCCCCUGCCAGGCUCCUCUGCUCCGUCUGGAGGCAAAUCCGCUGAUUUCCUGAGUCUCAAUGGACUUGCAAAAGACAAUCCUUAUAUGAGAAGGCUGGAGGAACUUUCUUUAUUUUUGUGUGCGAGUGUGUGCUCCAUUUGUUCAAACCACUUCAAAAUGGCUACAGUGUUAUUGUGCUUGGAGAUUUGAUUUAAAUCUUAUGUCCCACCAUCACCCCCCGAACCAGAGACAACAAUCGAACAGUGUGUGUUUUGCCAUGAAAACCAGAGACUUUAAGAUGAUGACAGGAGCCUCUUAAAUGUUUUGAGUGGUCAACAAGCCGUUCUUUUGUUCUAUUUUUUUGGUAGCACACUCCUAUGUGACUACUCAAAAGUAUUCCUAUAAGUAUUAAAGCGCUCGACAAACAAGGUUUACGUCUGUGUUGAAAGAGGUUUUUUUUUUUUUUGUUUUUUUUUGUAAAAUGUUUUUAGAUAUUCAAUUCCAGACUUCUAUCUGAUAUCUUUACCCGGCUGUAAAUAUUUUUUAAUUUAUGUUGUAAUUUAAUGGGUUUGUGUAAAUAAUGGUAUCAUUCUGGUGUAUGGUUUUUAAUGAAGUGUUUUAUAAAUGGGUUAGUUUUUUAUUGUGUAGAGGAUAGGCAUGAUACUCUUUUUUUUUGUUUUUUUUUAAAUGUUUAAAAA